AUGGAGCUCUCUCUGUUUAACGUGCACGACGGGUACCUCGAGGGGAUCGUGAGGGGCCUUAGGGGGUCAUUCCUCACGCGUGAAGACUACAAGCGACUCGCCAAUGCCGAUACGCUUGAAGAUCUACGGACGGCUCUGGAGGAAACAGACUACGGAUACUUCAUGCAAGAUGAGCCGCUGCCCCUGGCCAUCCCCACAAUUGCCCAGAGGGCACGCGGCAAACUGACUGCGGAGUUCAAGUACCUCCAGUCUCAGGCGUACCAGCCUCUUGGCAAGUUCUUGGACUACAUCGCGGCAGAUAAGAUGGUGGAUAACAUGGUGGGCCUGAUCCAAGGCGCCUUAAACCGCAAGCCUGCUGAGGAGCUGCUAGCUCGCUCAGAUCCCUUGGGAUACUUUUCAGAGAUGCGCGCCAUUGCGCAGAUGGACUUUUCUGCCUCGUAUGAGGAACUCUACCGAAGCCUCCUAGUGGAUACUCCUGUCGGGAGAUACUUUGAGGUCUUCUUGGCUAACAGUGCAGCGCAUGCAACGGGAGAAGAGGGCGGCCACACCAUGCAGCAGGUUGAGCACAUUAUGACGGAAGCAGACAUUGACUUACUGCGAAACUCCCUGAAGAAGGGAUGGCUCGAAGACUUCUACGGCUUUGUACAGACCCUGGAAGACUCCACAACACGGGAAGUCAUGACGCAUAUCUUAAAGACCGAAGCCGACUUUAGGGUGUUGUCUUUGGCCAUCAACUCCCUCAACACGGAUCCCCAGCAGCAGCAGCAGCAGCUCGAGAGGCACGCGCUUUUCCCUUGCUUCGGCUACCUUUAUCCGGAUGGGACUGAUAGGAUCCGCAAGGCGUGGAAUGACUCAACCCUUCGCGCUGCCCUAGAGCCUUAUCCACGCUACUUGAACGUCUAUGACCAGUGCCGCGCCUUCUACAUCGGUGACGAAAGAGAAAAGGCAGACUUGACUGCCCGAUUCAAGUCGCUGGAGGAUUUAUUGUACCGGGAGAUGGUCCACAUGUGUGAAAUGGCCUUCGAGCAGCAAUUUCAUUACGGUGUGUUUUACGCUUGGGUAAAACUGAAGGAGCAAGAAAUCAGAAACAUCGUAUGGAUAGCGGAAAUGAUCCUGAUGAAGCGGAAAGAGCAUAUAGACUCCAUUGUCCCUCUCUUCGAGCCGAGGAUUUGA